AGUGCGCCACGUUAGGGAACACGACUAUAUACUUGCUACUAAAAAAUGCUAGCUCUGUGUUUGGUAUCAUGGAGGUAGAUUCUACCUCCAUGUUGGUAUCAACUGGUGCAGUCAUGCAGCUGGCCUCGGGAACUCCAUAACUUAGUUCGCAAAUGUAAAACACUCUCGCAGGGCAGGGAUAAUGGCCAAGCCAGACAGUGCCCAGGACGGGGGUUGGGGAUUUGUUGUUGUCAUCGCAACCAGCAUGUGCUUCUUUCUGUGUGCGGGCAUGACAAGAUGCGUCGGGGUGCUGUAUUCAAGCUUGAAGGGUGAAUUUGACAGCAGUGCCGCCAUGACUGGAGCGCUAGCCAGCAUUGUUAUCGCCUGUGCACACUUCAUAUGUCCAGUAGGUGCCAUUAUCUGUCGUCGUUUGGGUAGCCGUGGCACGAUGAUCCUCGGCGGGUCAACGACAGCAGCCUGUCUCUUCAUCAGUGCUUGGGCGCGGACCAUCUACCAGAUGUACGCUUUGUUUAUGGUGGCAGGAUUUGGCUUAGGACUGGUAAUGGUUUCUGGAUUAGUUGCAGUGGCGGAGCGCUUCAAGAAGUAUUACAAAGCUGCUGUCGGCGUGGCCAGCGCGGGCGUCGGGGUAGGAUUGGUUGUGUCGCCGCUUCUCUUGCAGCUUCUCCUGGACACCUACGGAUGGAGAGGAACCAUGCUGAUUACCGCAGGGAUCACUUGCAACAUCUGCGUCGGCGGUGCGCUGUUUCGUCCUCUGAAGUCCCUCAAAAAAGUCGGCGAACAGUCGGAACGCGUUGGUAGUUACACAACGAUUCCAAUGCAACAACUCAAUCAAGAACAACACGAUGAACCGACAACGCGUCGGCCUCGUGUCAAAUUAAAGCAACAACGCAAGUGUCCGUCACUAAUCACGAGUAUUGCCAAAUCCCUCGGGCUAGACUUGUUUCUGAGCAACUGCAGUUUUACAUUCUUCUGUUGGAUCAACCUGCUGGCGAACAUGCCGUACAUUUGCUACAUCGUCUUUAUCUUCCCGAGGGCAUCAGCUAUUGGUAUCUCGGAUCAGGCAUCUUCGCUCGUGCUCAGCGCGUUUGGCAUUGCCAGCAUCUUCGGGCGUCUGGCCAGCGGAUUCCUUGUCAACUGGAAAUUCUCCAGCAUUAAGGUGUACGCUGCGGCAUUACUCAUCUGCUGCGGCGGCACAUUACUGACCCAGCUUGAAAGUUUCUGGAGUUUUGUCAUAUCGGGCGUCAUCAUGGGAUUCUUCACUGGAGUGAUGCAAGCAUUGACCGUAGUAGUUGUCUCGAAAUUCGUUGGGAAAGAUAACAUUGGAGCUGGCAUAGGGAUUUGCUAUUGCAUCAAUGGUAUCGGGGACUUGGUCGGCCCGAUAAUGACAGGUGGUAUCUUUGAUGUGACUGGCAGCUACCCUGCAGUAUUCUACUUCCUGGCCGGGCUGUUUUUCGUGGCGUUUUUGCAGAUGAUGUGCCUUCCAGUGGUCAACAAAUCAUCCCUGCCAUGCAGAACCAACAGCAAAGUGGUGAUCGUAUAGAACGCAGAAGACAUCUUGUUGGCAAAGCCUUUUUUCUUUCUUUUUUUUUUGGUGCUCCAAAUCACAAUUCGCAUUUGAGAGUGGAUGACUAGUGAUAGACUUAAGAUGACUUUUGAAGAUGUUACUACAACUUUGCAAAUGACUUAUAAAUGUCAUCCUUCCAACCAUUUUGGGGUUAACAACUGAUUGCUUUAAAAAUGUUGUUUGUGCACGUGAUUAUAAAAAAGACGAGAAGACAGGAUUAAGUGGAGGUGAAAUUUUACAAGUGGAAGAGAAGGAACAAGCUAAAAUCUUGUUUUAUUACUUUUGAUAUUUAAGAUCUUUUACUUUAAUAUUGACUUUAAGAUUUAUUACAUGAAGAGUGAUUACUUUUAUAUGACUUAUCAGCUGAUCUAGCUGGUGUUUUCUGAAAUGUGAACGUCAAAACAACUGAUCUCUUUAAAAAAGAUUGUGUUUGUGCAAGUGAUUUAGGGUGGCAUGGGUGACUAGUGGGUAUUAAAGCACUUGCCUCUCACCACCGGGUUCGAUUCCCAGCUCGGACCACAUGUGAGUCGAGUUAUGCGUUGAUUCUCUCCUGUGCCACAAGGUUUUUUUCUCCGGGCUCUCCGGUUUUCUUCCCUUGGCAAAAGUCAAACACGUUUGAUCUCUGGCUGUGCUCCGAGGUGAUAUAUUGGUUUUAUGGCGGCAGCCUAAGGCGCCUUUACAUGCCUUCGGCCAGCUCGACCACGUUGUAGCCGCGUCCUUUGCAAUUCAGCUUUAAGGAUGACUAGCCCCCAAUUUUUUUGUAGUAAAAAAAAACAAUUUAAGUAAUAUUUUAGUAUCUUCGCAAAUUUUGUAUAAAUUACCAACUCUCAUUUCAGCUCAUCUGGUGCUGCCAAGUAUUUGUUCAUUUGCUUUAUCAGUUAUAUUUUAGUUUAUUAUAUCAGAUUUAUUGUGCAAUUAUUGGUUUAAUGUUUGAAUAAAUUUGAGUUAUUUUCGCCUCUGUGAAAAUAAAUCACUUUAAAGGUAGGCUCUACAUGUA